AUGCAUUCUGCAAAGUACAACGAGAGAGUGACGUCUGGGGAAAUCGCCCCACAGUACGAAGAUAUCCGCUAUGCAAGGAACAGAGGUCUUGGCCAGCCCGUGGCGACGAGGCGGCCUUGGUGGAACCCACGAUACUGGACUCGCAGGAUUUGGAUAGGCGUUGUGGUGGUCGUGGUGAUUAUCGUGGCGGUUGUUAUUGCUGUUGCUGUUACGGUGACCAAGAAGAAUGCCUAUCCGGAUUAUUCGACGUUGACGUACAAUUUGCAAGAUACAUAUGGCGGCCAGAAUUUCUUUGACCAAUUCAAUUACUUUACUGGUUAUGACCCAGCCCAGGGUCUGGUUCACUACGUCCCUCAACCCGAGGCAGUCCAACGUAAUCUGACCUACACUACCAAAGACUCAGCCGUUGUGCGCGUCGAUACCGCCGUCGGCCCCAAAUCCAAUCCAAAUGCCUCAACCGGACGCUUCUCCGUGCGUCUCGAGUCCAAGAAGCAGUACAACAACGGCCUCUUCAUCUUCGACGUCAAGCACACGCCCUACGCCUGCGGUGCCUGGCCGGCUCUCUGGCUGACGGAUCCCUCGCACUGGCCUGACCACGGCGAAAUCGACAUCAUGGAGUCCGUCAACCAGGGAACCUCGGGGAAUGCCAUGACCCUCCACACCACAGGCAGCUGCUCCAUGGGCGUGAAGCGCAAGCAAACGGGCGACACAGACCAAGAGAACUGUGAUCACAGCGCCAACAAAAACGCCGGCUGUGGUGUCAAGGAGAGCGCUUCCACGUUUGGAGCUAAGCUCAAUGACCAGGGCGGUAGUGUCAUGGCCGUGGAAUGGCGAAGCGCCGGUAUUCGCAUGUGGCAAUUUGCCAGGAACGCUAUCCCGAGCGAUAUUACUGGCAAGAAGCCCAAUCCUUCGACUUGGGGUACUGCUGCGGCGGAUUUCCCGAGCACGGAUUGUGAUAUUGGAUCACACUUUAAGAAUAACUCCAUCAUCGUCAACAUUGACCUGUGUGGAGAUUUGGUCUAUGGAAGCUGGGCCAAGUCUGGAUGCCCGAGUACCUGUCAGGAUGUAGUUGCCAACCAGCCCGAGUCUUUUAGUACUGCGUUUUGGGAAUUCGGCUCAUUUGAAGUUUACCAGUCCGCUUGA